AUAUAAUUUGGAAAAGUUUGGCGGCCAGAUUAAAAAGCUGAACGGGCCCAUCCAUCCCCCAGACCUUAGUUUGCACAUGCCUGGUCUACUAGAAGAUUUAAUUGCCAGGUAGGUUUUCACACAAGAGGGUACAGUGUGUCAUAUAUGGUAAGUACUUAAUAUGGUAUUUAUAUAUGGUUAAGUAAUUAAAUAGAGCAGUAAUGCAGUAAAUAGAGCAGUAGAACAGUAGAUGACUUGAUGGUGUGUAUAAUAGUGAGUUACAUACACAUAUCCAGAGAAUGUAGAUGGAGGUAUACAUCUGCCGUUAGAUGUCAUACACGUGUAAAGCAUAGUUGUAGCGUCCUUUCCCUCGAUGAUUGAUUAGUGUAGUCUGGCGAAUGAUCGCUGUCGGGGAUCGCUUAACCCUCUUUUUGCUGCCAUUCCCGGAAGAGAAUGACUGCAUAUGUUAUGAUGCGCAGCAUGCUUCGAUUUGCCGUUUUUAAACACAUUAAAAUGACAUUAGGGUGUAAGACUUUAUAAUGCAGUUAGGUUUGAGAUACUUUAGCGACGAUGCUCUAAAAGCAUGUGUUUAUUUUUUUAUUUAUUAUUUUUCGGUGCAAUAUUGCCGCAACACUUAUGACUCUGACUCACUGUGUUUACCAUGCAGCAGGUGUUUACAGUAGGAACCGGUUAGCUAACGUUCCCCAUUGUAAGGUCGAUGUCGAGGAUCAUGUCGUCAUUGUGUGAUUAUUCCAUGUAUUUUCCCUCUACUCCAACCUCGAACCUCACUGACCCGACGGAGUACACAAAGUUUCCGCGACGGAGGCACGUCUGCCUCGGGGAGGUUAAUGUACAGUUCCUGUUGGUGCUGCGGUUUCGGGAUAGCGGUGGUGACAGCUGGAAGGAACAGGUUGGUUCCAUGUUCGCUCUGACGAGUGUGUGUGUCGGCGAAAGUCGCAAACGCAGAGUCGCUGAGUGUCCAUCUGAGUCACCGAGCAGCAGUAUUGAGGAAGAGUCCGGGGAAGAGAAUGGUGAAAACGCUGAACCUUGCAGAAUGAGCGAGGGAAGGACCCGGAUAUUCUCGCAGUGUCUGCCUCUGCUCAUCCACAACAAUUCGGUCUACGAGGGUCGACGAAGUAGGACACAAUCAGUCAAGGCUUCCGUGGUGUCAGAUGACCAGGUCAUCUUCAGCCUUACAGUCUCUUUUGACAAGCUGCCAGUCAAUACACUCAAAGCCAAGGUCAUUGUCACUGUAUGGACGCAGGACGAGGAGAAGGUGGAAGUGAGGGAACAUGGCUAUCUGACCCUACUGCAGCUCAGAAGUCCGACACACACCUUCAGGCAGGACCUGAAGACCUUCAAGGCUCAGGUCCACACCACUCUGGAUGUCCUUCCACCUCCCACUGUCUACUGUCAGCAGAUGACUGUCUCGGGAAAUCACUUUACUGUCCUCAAAGUGGUUAACCACAGCUCUAAAGAGGAAGUAUGCAUCAAAGAAAUGAGGAUCCUUCCUAACUAUAACUCCUCCUUCCUCCCCAUGAUGCCGGAUGGUUCAGUACUCAUUGUUGACAACGUCUGCCACAAGUCAUCCGAAAUCACCAUGGCUUCAUUCUAUCGGAUGGACAGCAAGUCAUCACAUCUACCAAGCACCCUGAGUGCCCUGGAGAAACAGAACUUCCUGUUUAAGCUGCAACUCCAAAACAGGGCAGAGGAGGAUUCCAGUGAGGGUUUGGAAAUCCCUUUGGUGGCUGUGCUGCAGUGGUACACUCCAGGACUUCCUCUAACCAGUUUAAUCAGCAGCUGUUACUCCUUGCCUAGCGUUCACUUAUCUCGUCCUCAGCUGGUGAUGACAGCUUCCUGCCCGAGAGCCGUCAGACCUCUGGAGCCUUUCUGGGUCAACCUGCUGAUCGAUCUUCAGGACUUCUUGGGUGUACGUCUGAUCUGGAACUCUGAUGCUCAGCGACAGAACAACAGGUUGUCAAUGGUGUUGUGUCAAUCUCCUGUUAACAACCUGGGGCAAUGCAGGAAAGGCUCCAUCCUGACAUUCUGUGUGGCUUUUCAGAUCCUCACAACUGGACUCUUUGAGCUAAGCCAGCACAUGAAACUGAAGCUGCAGUUCACAGCCUCCAUGUCUACUCCUCCUCCUGCACAUCUUCCUCCUCAAUCACCUGAGAAAAGAUCCCCAUCGCCCAGCCCUGUGGCCCGGGAGCUGCUGGACCGACAGAGUGCUGGACGCUCUCAUAGCUUCUCCCACCAACCAUCAGUCAAAACACCAGUCAGGCUAAGCAGUGGGAUUGGUUGCCCGGCUGUCACGCCUCCUGUGGUACCUUUAGUGGGCAGAACCCGCUACCCUUCCUCUGACCACAACAUUAUUACAGCAGACAAAAUAGCUAAGAGAGAGUGCAAGGUGUUGGUGCUCAAACACGAUGCAGGUGAGGUGAUAGCGAAACGUCACACUGAGAAGUUCCUCAAACCUCCCAGAGCAUGAAGAUAUGAAGAGAGUUCAGAGAAGAACUGGUAUUGCUGACAGUUUUUUUUUUUGUUUGUUUUUGUUUUUCUGCUGCACUACAGAAGUUUUCAUUUCACCGGUUUGUCAUUUCACUUUAAUUCCAAAUGCCCUUCAUUGCUUCAAAGUUUUGUCAGGUGUCUUUUCUACUGUAAGGGCAACAUUUUCUACAAGCUUUGAUUUCUUUUCAGUCUUUUGGGGUUGUUAAAUUUAUUUUAUAUUAUUUUUAAUCAGCGUAAAUGGCAGCUAGCAUAUAAGUGGUAUUCACUAAAGAAAAUAAGAGUUGCUGCUUGUGGUCAAUUGUAGCAGGGAGGUAUAUGUUUCUCUCUUCAUAAAGUUACAAUUAUACUCUUCAUACACUAUGCAGGUGAUCUCGUACCUUCUUUGUAAAUAUCAGUCCUCUAGAUACAUCGGAAUUGCGUUUCUGUGCCGUGAUCUGACUCGAUUUUCUCCAGAAGUCGGAACUCACCUUCUGUAAAUUUGUGCCUAUUUCACUCCCCUAUGGCACGAUCCAAAUUAGGUGAACAACCGGCGAAUAUGAAUAAAGCCGCCUCUUGGUAUAUUUUUCGCACAGCUUGCCAGUUCCUGUGUUAAAUUUGUUUUAACGCCUUACAUCAGAAUGAUGGAACCAGACUUUCUUAAUAAAUUUAUGGGAUGGUGACAAUACAAUACUGUAUCGGUCCGUUGUGGUGAAGAAGGAGCUGAGCC